AUGAACCAAGACACGCAAAAGUUAACUCUCGAGUUAUUUCCUUUGACCCCUAACGUUGUAAUGAACGUGGCUCCUAUUUCAGACAAGAUAGACCUUGCUCGGAUGAGGCUUCUCUCGAGUGAAGAACGAGAAGAGGAGCAGCAGUACGGUGUCUCAACAGAACUAAAUCUCUUCACUGAUCCAUGGACUAUCAAGAAGGAACUGACCAUAACUGAUAUUAGCUACUUAAACCAUCUUCUUCUAAACACCAGUACCAUACAUCACCACAUACUGAGAUAUCUCCCUGAGUGUGACCGGAAGAUAGUCCAAGAAGGCUGGGCAUUUGCCGUUGACGUGAGGGCUUUGAAGAUUGAAGAUGAGAUUGGAAUGUUUUGGGAUCCUUUUGACUCGAAGCUUCAUUUCAGCGUGCUGCCUCGUGAACCAGUGGACACUCUUCUUGCAGAUCAUCUCAGGCAUCAAUAG